AUGACAGAUAUCGUUGGAGCAGAUGGGCUGGGAGAAGCUGCCAUCCCGGGUUGGCUGUCAAAUGUGCUUCAGGACAAGGCACCAGGGCCAAAAAUCUACAAGUGGACCACGGAAGAUAUACCGGGUGGCUCCAGCACGGCCAAAUCAGUGACCAGCCGGAAGCUUUCGGCGGAAGAAGAGCAGAGGCGCAUCUACAUCUUGGGCAUGGGAAACCUGGGCCGACUUUUUGCUGCUUCACUCGCCAGUCUCCCGAAUCGUCCGCCGAUCACAUUGGUCGUCCACCGUCCCGGCCUCCUAGAACAGUGGCGCUCCAAACCCGGCGUUGUGUUACACCCGCCGAGCUACCUUGAGGAUCAACACGAUCUGGACGACAGUGCUCGGACCACCGGCUUUGACGUCGAGAUGUGGUCUGAGGCGCCUCCGUCUUCUUCGGCACGGGCGCAAUCUGCAGAAAUAAGCAAUAUCGCCAAUCUUGUCGUUUCCACCAAGGCCCAGGACGCGCUCAAGACGGCAGACUGGCUGCGGCGAUAUCUCGGGCCCGACUCGGCUGUCGCCUUUGCACAGAACGGCAUGAACAAACUGUGGCCACCGUACGGAGCCGUCUACAACAAGGCACGCUACCCCGGGACUGCCGCUACGCCUCUCUGGCUCGCCUGCAUUGUGACCCAUGGCGUCUUUUCGCUCGGGCCGUUUGCCAGCGUCCACGCAUCGCCUGCCGAUGUUGUUUUGGGAGCCGUAGGCGACGACAGUCCCGACUUCACAGGAGAGGAGUCCUUUCCUUACCUCGUCCGGCAGAUCCUGGCGGCAUCUCAGCUAAACGCCCGUUGGGCGCCGCGCCAUGAGUUGUGGGUGCUGCAGCUCGAGAAGCUCGUGGUCAACGCCGUCAUCAAUCCGCUGACCGCCAUCCUGCGCUGCAAGAAUGGCGCUCUUUUUGUUCCAGGGGGCGAAUCGGCGGUGCCGCAGGUUAUUGACGAGCUUCUCCAAGAGGCGAGUGUCGUGUUGCGCGCGCUUGUCCUCCACGAGAUGGAAAGCGGCAGCAUCUUUGCACAGACGGGGAACGAUACCAAUAGCGAUAUUGACAAAGAAGCGUUGAUCGAAAGACUCUCCUUUGCGAGUCUACGAACCAUGGUCUACCGCGUGGGUGACCUCGUCAAGGACAACAACAGCUCCAUGCUCCAGGACGCGCUGGCCGGGAAGACGACCGAGGUGGGCGAGUUUAACGGCUGGAUCGUCGAGAUGGCUCGCUACUUGGAGAGCGUGAAUGCGACAGACGGGAGGUCCAUCAAGGUCGCGGCGCACGAAAAGAUGGUAAACCUGGUAGAGAAGGCUGUCUCUCUUAGCAAGGUUGAGCUGGAAACCCAAUUCUAA